CCAUAGUCUGGGCAUUCCGUUGACAAGAUGGCGGCGGCGCUGCUGACGGCUUUUCCUUUCUGCCCCUAGCUCGUGCCGCCUGCCGGGGAUCGCAGAGCCGGGGCCGGCCGCGGUGGGGCAGCGCGGGGAGGCGAGCCCGGAGCCAUGGGCCCGGCCAGGCCCUGCUCGCCACCGGCCCCGCAGCUCCUGCUGCGGCUCCUGUUCCCGCUCUGCUUCCCAAGGGCCCUGUGGGGAGACGUUGUCUUCCUCCCUCCUUUCAUUCGAAUGUUUGACACUUCCGUUAGUGCAGCCUUGGUUGGAGAGACAGAGGACGUCAAUGUGAGCCUCACCGUAUGGGAUGGUGAGCUAGGGAUUUUGCCCAUUCCUGAUUGUGGAUUGCAGAGUAAUGGAACUGGCAAUUGGAGUCUGACUGUGACUUCUGAUGUGAUGGGCUCCGAAGUGACCGUAAGAUUGAAUGGCGAUUUACAGCCCUGCGUCUCUGAGACAGACUUCUUCUCUGACUGUCCCUGUGUCGUUGAAACUCUUCUGGUCUCUGCAUCUCGAGACUCAUCCUGUUUGGCGCACUUACUCAUUCAGGUUGAAAUCUACCCUAAUGCUUCCCUUGCCCAGAAUGUAUCAGAGAAUAACAUCGGCUUCGUUAACCAGAUGUAUCAGCCCUUUGGCCCCUGUCCCUGUGACUUGGUCGCCGGGAUGUGUGACGUCCGGUGCUGCUGUGACAAGGAAUGUAUGCCCCAUUUGAUAGAGCUGUUCAAAGAAGACUGUUUUACAGGAGUUUUUGGUGGUAAUGUAAAUCCACCUUUCAGCCACCUGUGCUCUAACCCAGCAAGAGAAGAGGUGUCGGACUGGUUCCCCUUCUUAUGUGUUCAGUCCUCCCUGGACAACACUCCUUUCCUUGGUUAUUUCUACCAUGGCUUCACUUCUCCUAGAGAAGAGCUCAGCUUCAAAUUACCUAUAUACGAUGAAGUAGAAGACUGGUCGGAUUUUGGCUACCAGCAAGACAGUCCCCUUAUGACAGUGGAAAAAGAACUUUUCACCAUCCCCCAGAUGUCCUUAGUGGGGCAGUGUAUUCAAGAGGCCCCUGUGGCCUUCCUUCAGAAUUUUGAUGUCAUCUGUGUUACUGACUUGGCAACACGUCCAGAGCGGGAGAAUAUUAGUUCAGUGAAGAUAAAAAAUGGUACCAUUGGAGGCUUUGUCGUACCCCAAGUGGUCUAUAAGGAGUCAACUGCCUUAGACAAGUUCAUCCGUGGCACAGACGUACUUCUUGCUCCUGGGCCAUCAUUCAAAUAUGUGAACUUGGAAGAGCACUAUACUUUCAGGUGGAAUGAGAAAACAAUCACUGAAUUCAAUGUCAAAGUCAUCCGGGCAAAAAUUCAUGCAGACCAGCAAGGAUUAUUGACACAGAGAUUUAAAGUAACAUUUUUAAGCUUUAAUGCUAAAGACAGCCCAGAACGAUCUGGAAACCCAGGUUACUUUCCUGGCAAGCCUGUGAGAGCCCUCAAUCUCAGAAGUGUUAAUAACAUCACCACCUUAAACCUUUGGCGGCCAGUUGGCAGGGGUCUGUGCACGGGAGCAGAAACCACCCCGGUUUUAUUUGGAGAAGAUGCUGUAUCUGGAUGCCUCUUGGAGCUUGGCAUUGAAGAGAACUGUACCCAGCUCAGGGCAGAGGUUACUAGCAGACUUAAUUCAUUAGUACAAGCUACUCAUGUGGCCAAGAGAGGCAACUCAGAUUAUCAGAACCGUCUUGAUGGCUGGCUGGAAAUAAUAUGGAGAGAUGAACCUUCUCCUGGGGACGGUCUCCAUCUCGGAGACAUAAAAGGCAUCUGCCCGGAUGUGCCGGCCACAAUGACUGUUCACUUCCUUAUUUCUAACGGCGGUAAUUUGGAAGGGAUUCCCCAGGACAUGAUCCUUGGCACAGAGGUCAGCUUUUCUUCUGUCACCUGGCAAUUUCAGUGCGGGAUGAGCUGUGAAGAUAAGCCUAGUCUUUUUCCUAUCAGUGUCUCAGUCCAGUUUAUUAAAAUACCUCCUCAACCACCCCAGCUACCACAAGCUUCCAGAUCAGCCUCGCUAGCCAUGACUGCACCAACAAUGAAGUCUGCUGGCCAGAGCUCAUUUUCCCCCUGACCAGGAGUUAUCAAGGAGAGUCUUACGAUUCCUCUGUUGCUAAAAGCUUGGUGCUGGCCUUCAUCUUCACAGUGAUGGUCUUGUUCAACAGCAUCUGGAUGAAAAUCAUCAGGGUGUGGGAUUUCAUCUCCGUCUGACUUCUGGGAGUCUUCAGAGGCAGCAGCAACACUGUGGUCAGGACCUGUGGCCAUCAUGGAAGACUCUGCUUAGUGACACUUCUAUUUAUUUCUAUAAACAGGUGGUAUUCAGUGAUCAGUCAGUUUGCUUCUCAAGGUCACUUGCUCCAAAGGCUGGCCACUAGCCGGUUAGUUGAUUUUAUUUUCAGCUGUGGCAGCUCCUGGAGACUGUCUUCUAAGAGGGGCCCAUCUUGGAGAGGGGGCUUGAUCUGCCCCAGUGGUGGUGAUACUCCCCGCAGCAUAAUCACAGAUCCUGGAAGGGCCAAAGUCAGUAGAGCGGUCAUUGAUGGAAACCUUGGCAUCUUCAAAGUGGCUUAUCCAAGGCCACACAGUUGGUCAUUAGCAGAGACUAGAACCCCUAAAAUAAAGUGUAAAAAAGCAUCAGUUUUUAAAGAGUUAAAUAUGUAUUCAUAAACUGUAAACUUAGGCUUAUGACCAAUCUCCUUAAAGGACCUCUUUUUUUUUCAGUCAAUAAGAAUGAUUUUUUUUCAAAAAUACACGUAGAUUUAUAUCACUGUACUAGAUGACCUUUGGUUUAAAUAGAUUUUGCAUACUAUGAAUAAAAUUUUUUCUUUUAAGUA